UCCUUCGAGGAUGCCUACCGAUCACCCCAAAGGAAUGUCAGCUCAUGCACCUCCCCCGGCAUUGAUACUCCCUACGUCUUGCAAAAUCAGACUGGUCUGGAUUUGGCAAUCAUUAUUGAUGGUCGACCACUGAGAAUGGUGAAGGAGAACGCAGCGACCCCAGCCUCAGCGUUAGCGUCAGCCGCAUCCUCUUCUGCCGAGUUGAAGUCUGAGACCGCGUCGGCAGCCAGCAGCGGCUUGGUUUGUCAUCGAAUUUCGAAGUUCGAAACAGUGGGCUUCAUUGAUGCCGCCCUCGAUAAAGGCGUGAGUACUCUGUCUUUUGAUUACUGGGCAGCCGAAUCGCUGUCUUAUGUAACCCUCAGGAAUCAGUAG